GGGGCAGGAGAGGAGAGGAGGACGAUAUGUGUCUGGAGAGGCAGAGAAGAGGAGCGUCGAGGAGCGUGAGGUCUGGAGGGGCAGAGCAGGAGAAAGAAUAGGAGGUGGAGGGAUUCAGACGGCGCAUCUCUGCUCCAGGACCCCGGGUCCCUGAGCUGUCUAUGGGUCUCUGCGGGCUGCGGUCCGCUCCGGGUGGACUGGCAGCGGGGCGGCGGAACGGCUCCGGACUUUGGCGCAGGUUGCGCGGCUGGACGCAGUGACAGCGCAGAGAAAGCUCGCGGCCAACGCAACUGACAUUUUUGGCUGUCACGGUGAAGCAGCAUGCCAGCGAUCAGUCACACCGACCGCGGGGUGUGAAGGAGGGGGCGAAGAGGCUAUGGACAUGCCGGAGGAUGACUCGCUGCUGAAGAACCGGACGGAACACGGGCCGGAGCCGAGCCAGGGGGCAGCGCGUCCUGCAUGGGCAGUCACGGCGCUGGCCAGCGUGCUGAUCUUCACCACUGUGGUGGACGUCCUGGGAAACCUGCUGGUCAUCGUGUCCGUGCUGAGGAACCGUAAACUACGAAAUGCGGGAAACGUCUUUGUGGUGAGCCUGGCCUUCGCUGACUUGGUGGUUGCGUUCUACCCCUACCCUCUGGUGUUGUACGCCCUCUUCCAUGACGGCUGGUCACUAGGUGAGACCCAGUGCAAGGUGAGUGGUUUUCUGAUGGGCUUGAGCGUCAUUGGCUCCAUCUUCAACAUAACAGGCAUUGCCAUCAACCGUUACUGUUACAUCUGCCACAGCUUCAGCUACGACAAGUUGUACAGCUACCGCAACACACUGCUGCUGGUGGCUCUCAUCUGGCUGCUCACUGUCGUAGCCAUCGUGCCCAACUUCUUCGUCGGCUCGCUGCAAUACGACCCACGCAUCUACUCAUGCACAUUUGCACAGACAGUCAGUACGUCCUACACCAUCACAGUGGUGGUCAUCCAUUUCUUUGUGCCCAUCGCCGUGGUCACCUUCUGCUACCUGCGUAUCUGGAUCCUGGUCAUCCAGGUGAGGCGGAAGGUAAAAUCAGAGGUCCGCCCUCGCAUCAAGCCCAGUGACCUGAGGAACUUCAUCACCAUGUUUGUGGUGUUCGUGCUGUUUGCAAUUUGCUGGGCGCCACUCAACUUCAUUGGGCUCGCUGUUGCUAUCAACCCUGAGGCAGUGGCGCCUCGCAUCCCAGAGUGGCUCUUUGUGGUCAGCUACUUCAUGGCUUACUUCAACAGUUGCCUUAAUGCCAUCAUCUAUGGCCUGCUGAACCAGAACUUCCGCAGAGAGUACAAGCGGAUCAUUAUGUCUGUGUGGAUGCCACACCUCUUCUUCCAAGAGACAUCGCGGGGGGGCACUGAGGGCAUGAAGAGUAAACCCUCACCAGCACUCAACAACAACGAGCAAGUGAAAGGAGAAACUCUGUGAUACUGUUUUCCUCCUCUUUAUCUCCUUGUUCCUCCUCUUCUGUGUUCACUUGUGCAGUGCCAUUGAUCAAACUCUAAUCUCUGCUGUGCCAAAGCAACGAACUCUGGAAAUACAGAUAGAGUGACCAACAGUGAGUGUGUCUGAGAUUAAAAUAAAAAACAGAGUUUUCUCUCCUAAGAGGUUUCUCUAUAGACAUAUUGACUACAAUAGCUGUGUUAUCCAUUCUUUAAGAGUGCCAUUCAUAAAACCUAAGGCUCAUCAGUUUCGGUUUGUACUGAUUUUGUCUGAAGAACAUUAUUUUAAAAUAGGAGAUGAGUUUAAAUUGAUUUUCACCUUGAUUUUAUACCAAACCCACUGCUCAGCUUAGUUUUCAAACACCACAAACAGUAAAUACAUUUCCACUGAUGAAACAUAAAUUAGCAAUAGUAUGCUGCAAAAGAAAAACAAAAUGAAAUUUCCACCCUGACAGCUGUUGCCCAGAUGAUGACCUCUGAUGAAUCUUCCCAUUUAAAAUUUCACUGUGAAGAUAGAAUUUAAUUUACUGAGCACAUUCAAAUUAGCCAAAGGAUACUCACCCCCUAUGAAUACAGUCCAUAUUCCAUUGUUUGCACAGGAUUCUGCAGCAUGCUUUACAUUCAGUGUCAGCAUUCAGUAACAGUGUAAGACACUGACCUUUAUGUAGCAAGAGUAAAGGUAUGACGGUGAAGGUGGUGGAUGGGCAUGUAGCAUAUAUGACUGCAGGUCAGACAUGCCAGUAUUUUUAAAAAUACAUAGAAAAAAUACAUUGAAAUCUAAUUCAAUAAUUUGUGGUGUAGCAGAAUUGUCUCUAGUGGGGCUUGGAUGCUGACCUUUCCUUUGGUGCUCUUUUCAGGAUAAAAUUUUUAGUUGCACUCCUGCCGAGACUCAACCUUGUCAGUAUCACCCAGUUUCACCCAAAUAGUUCCAGGAACUAAGGGACCUCAGAAACAAAACUCUGAAACUUUAUCAGGAACUAAAGCCUCUUGUACUCUCUGUGUGCGUUUGUACCACCUCUGAAAAAACUGUGAAGAUUCAGCAAAUUAAUCUGACAGAUUAAACAAACAACAGUGUUGUUGUCAUGUUUGAAGCAGUUUCCACAAAUGACUGAAAACCUCAAAUCAACAUUGAGUGACAAUCUGCUCAGUGUUUUUGUGGUUAUUUCUGUUUCUAAAUGUCAGAUUGUGUUUUUACUGAACAUGAUAUUCAGUGCUGGAGACUCUGCCCUAAUAGUUUGUGGGUCAUUUAAAGGUACUACCUCGGGUGCAGGGCUCUUGGUGGGACCAGGAAUAAGACUUAGAUUCUGAUUCCUCUGGACAAAAUGUAGGAAAGGUUCCUGAGGUCCUAAAAAGGUUCUUGGGUUCCUGGAAAAGUUCCAUGGGUGGAAACUAGCUCCAUGUCCCUUUCUCCAACACUUGUAAAGUGGGUGAAAUGAACAUUGCAGUCUCUUUGUGCUAUAAAUUUUGCAUCAUUGAUUUUUAUCAUCUGAUUUUCACAGUUUUUUAGUUUUCAAAAAUAAUUCAUUAUAACUUCCAUGUUUUAAAAAAAACAAGAAAACCAAAAUUGAUGAGCCCUAAAAAUGUAUCAUAACUUAUUAAUGUAUCAUGUUUUGUACACUUCAGGGUGCCUGCCUCCUCUACUGUUCAGGCAAUAUGUAUUUGAAAGGGGAGGCACCAAGAGAUUAGUAAUUUUAGUGUAUUACAUCAUGAAAUCCAUGAUGGUUGUCUGAAAGUCCAAACAGUGGCUUCAUUAUCCUUCUGGAUUUCUGUACUGUAUUAGUAAUGUACUACUGUGCUAAGUGUUUUGGCGCACCAAAUGUUUUUAAUGGUAUACUGUAUAUCAGUAAUUAUUGUAUCUUUGAUUUUUAACAGAAAAACAAUUCAAUUAUUUUUCUCAUAUUUUUUUUAUGAUAACCAUUGGUAAAUGCACUACAGCAUGAUGAAUCCCUAACAGAUGUCUUUCACUUUGUUACUGGUGGAUGCCUCAAAUUUCUAAUGGACAUUUCUAUGGUUUGUCAAAGGUGCCUGAUUUAUUGUCCAUCGCCUCAAAAUGAAAAUUCUACCAAAAACAACAAACCAUGCUGACAGAAGGCUAUGGUAGGGUUACAGGUAUAAUAUUAUAAAUCUCUUUUACCAAUGUCACUCAUCAGCUGAUAGGGUAGUGUCAAGGUGUGUUCACACUGAAUGGGAAGUUAAAUUUAGAGGUUGCAUAUCUACAUAUGACGUCUAAGCAAAGACAUGUCUGGACAUGAAUAAGACUUCAUGACAGUAUGAAGACACACACAUACACACACACAAUGGAUCUUUAUGUCUUUACACAAUUUCUUCACAGGUUAAAAUUUGGCAUCUUAAUUAUGUUAAAUUCAUUUUCUGUGUCAGUAGGAGCAGCCACUUUCUCCAUGUUUUAGGGGGAGAUCAGUGCAGUGAGAUGACUUCUUUGUGCUUUUGUUGAAUUUUAAUGUCAUAUCAUAACACUGAAUUACUGCCCUCCAUUACUGCCCCUUUCUCUAUUCCAACUACUUCUACUACAGAUUUGACAAUUCAUGGUAAAACAUCACAGCAUAUCACAGUGAGAGGCCAUUUGACCACAAGACAAAGUCUAGGUCAAUCCUUACAUUCAAAUUAUAAAUCAAAUUCACUGUAAUUCAGAUGUCAGAUCUCAACAGGUUAUGAAGAAAGAGCUUCACAUGCAGAGACAUAAAUAAUCUUCCAUUCUAACUGUUAAGAUAUGAUUAUGCAUAAAUUGCUAGCUAGCUAACAGCUAGCACCUGUGCAGUCAGUGCAGUGUCUGUAUGGAGCAAAUAAACACUGCACACAAGACAAAAAUUAGCUCCUGGAUUUGGUCUGAACACACCUUUAGUCGUCAGACAGAUGCAGUACUAUACAAAGAGUAUUAGUUAGAAUAUUUAGUUGUGUAAACCUCCUAUAAAGUCAUAACACAAAAAAGGUAUAUAAAAGCACAAUUAUCUCUGAAGCCCGGGUGACAGUGUACUUAUGCAGUUUACAGGUUUAAAUCUUAGUAAAGUUUUAAUCUUAGUAAUGAUAAGAAAUCGCCACUUUCUCUAUGCAUUUCAUAUUUCAUAUCACAAGCAGAGAACAUGACAGCAAAAGAAGCUUACUCAGCACUUGUGAAUAAUGCUACUACUGUUUUUAUCCAGUCUAUCUUAGUAAAAAAAAACAUGUGAAUCAGUGGGUACAGGCUGAUCUGCAGGCUUGUCAUGCUGUUUUCCAGGUUGGUAAAAAAUGUGCAUGAGUUUUUUGACUGAGCUGUUCUCUUUGAAUUAUCUUUUAUUAAUUCUUCUUCUGCUUUGGGUUGGAUGAUUCUGGCUCGGGGUUGAAUGAAAACUGUGAAAAUCUGCUGCUGAAAAGAACAAGAUAAUGAUGAUUAUGAUGAAACAGUAAUUAUGAUGAUGAUGAACUGGUAGGACCUGAUGUUGCAUAUCAAAUAUGUCUGCUGUAAAUGCAAUGAUUAAAAAAUGAAAAGGAUGUUGUAUUGUUUUUGAAGGAGCACUAAGCAAUUUUCUUAUGGAUUUUCUUUUGACUGUACUGACACAUAAACAUAUAAUCAUCCCAGACAACAAUAAUCCCACAGGACUUAAAGGACUGCUGUGUCAUACAGCCCAUGUGUGACAGGUCCAGUUCAAGGACAUUUUGUACAAUCUCAAAAAAAUAACUGGGGCUUUUAUUUACCUCAUCUGUGGAGAGAAGCAGAUCUUUAUUUGAAACUGGCCAUUAUUUUUAAUUCCCCUUGAGUUAUUUGAUAACUCACUAAGACUUCCUGUUUUCUGAUUUGCUUCUGUUUUAAGGUAGUAUCGAUCCAAACUCAACGUCUCCUUUAUGUUUAUCUGUUGUCUUGAUAAAUUCAUUGUAAUGAACAUCUUUACAGCUCUAACUCCAUAAGUAAAUCAACAGAGUCCAUCAAACUCAGAACUCAGUACUGUCAAUGCUGUUCCUUCCAUUUUGACAUUUCCAUCACUGUUAAGUUGUUAAUGUCAAUGUCAUUUAAUCAUUCCUGCAAAUAUUUCUCGUAUUUCUAAUCUUCAAGUGUCUUUUUCUUGGUGGGCUUUUAAUUUGAAAUAUCUGCAGGAAGUGUUCAACCUUAUUGAUAGUAACUUAAAAAUGAUAGUAUAAGUAGAAGGAAUUGUUAUUCAUUAGUCACUUCCUUCAAUGAUUCUGUGAGCAGUGUGAUACUAAAAUGACUCUUUUUUGUCAUGUUAAUGUAGAUAAUGCUGAGUAGAGCUAUUUUUAGCACUGGUGAUUCAAAUCUCCUCAGUAUCUUUUUAUUAUUAGUGACCUGUCUUCAUCUGCUUGUGCUGCCUGUUAUUUGGGGAAUCCUGGUACGGUUAGAUAUCGUGAAUGUUUACAGCGUCAUGGAUGAAAUGUUUUCAUUUUGUUUAUUUGUUACUAGAAUAUCUCAAGAUCCUAAUUAAAGUGAGAUUCAGUGGAAGGAAGGCCAAGGGACCAGUCAUGAGUUCUGGAUGUGAAUCAGGAUCCAGGUUCAGAUUAACUGUUUUUUAAGGUUUUCUUAACACUGCGAGAUAAACACUGCAUGUGGAGAAAAAAAAAACUGUGACACUGAUCCUAUUAUUGUGUAUCUCUGUUCAUAUAACACAGGAUGCAGCCUUGAUGGAGGUGCUCUCUGUGCAGUGAGUGGUUGGAAAGAUUCCAAACAGUCAACAAUUCUCAAAUCAGAAUUUUUCACAAGGCAGAGGGGAGUACAGACUCAUGUUUACCUGCAUACUGAGCCACAGUGUGGUGUCAGACUCCACUUUGUUUAAUGGUUCAAAUGUAUAUUCACAUUAAGAAUCUUCAAUACCUCAGCUUGCAAUGUAUAUUUUUGUACUGUAGCUUAAUUUAUGGAAAAUUGCAGUGACGGUGUGAGUGGUGUGCUACAGAGCAACUUGUUCAGACGACUGUUACUGGAAAUCUGACCUUUAGUUUUUCCUGUACAAACUGUGCAGACAGCAGGCCAGUGGAGCUAGAAGGAGCUCCUAACAGCACCUGUUAAAUAAAAUAAGCUCAUUCUCAACCUGAAAAACACUCUCUACUAUCUAUCUACUGUUAAUAUCUAUUAUAUAAAACAUUAUUGAUGAGUAAAUAUUAUCACAUUGUGUUUAUUUCAUUGGCCUAAAUUGCUUAGUGGUCCUUUAAGUGGGAAAAAGAAAACAGAUACAAGAUAUGUUGUAUGUAUUACUGUGACAAAAGUAUAUGAUGGAAACAUGAUUUAUAAGUUUGCCACUGUAAAAAGUUAAA